UUUCUCACUGGGAAGUAUCUGUUGGCCGCCUACAGAAGAGACAAGAUGAAAGUCCUCCUCGUCCUCAGUGUCUUAUGCAUCACACUGGCCUUGUGCCAGGCAGCCUGUUAUAAUGUGCUAGCCAAAGUAGAGAUUAUUAAUGGUGUGUUGGUGCCUCGAGGCAGCUGUAUUGACGUUUAUGAUGGGAACAGGCAUCCCUCUGACUCAGAGUGGAACACAGAUCAAUGCAUGAGAUGUAGUUGUCAUGCUGGAAAAAUGACAUGCUGUUCCAGAUAUGGUGGCGCUGUGCCUGCUGCACCAGGCUGCAAAGCUGUUGUUAAUCCUGAAACGUGCCAGCAUGAAUUCACAUGUCUCAUUGAGUCUCUUAUUCAGUGAACAUUAUACAAUUUUUUUUUUUAAAAAAAACUUUUUAUCUAAUGGAAUGCGGAGGGGGCUUCUUCUGAUUGAAAGUCCGUCAUCAUAACCAUUUCUCUUGGGAUAAAUACUCCUGGACUCAGUUCAUCCUUUGACACCAGUAGCUGAGGUUGGCAACUCCUAUUAAGUUCCUGAGGAUUGGGAUGUGGGGGAGCAGAACCUGGGCAGAUUUUGGGGAAGGAAGAGAUAGUUGAAGAGUCCACCGUCCAAAUCAGUCAUUUUUCCCUGGCAAAUUGAUCUCUGUAGUCUGUAGAUCAGUUUUAAUUCCAGGAGAUCUCCAGGUCCCACCUGGAGGCUGGCAAACCUACCAGCAGAAUGUAGAAGCAGAAAGAAAACUUUAAAUUAGGAAAUAGAACAGAGUUUUAAAACACAUGUAUAAGCAAAUACAAGAGUCCUAGCAAAGUUUUGCAACUUAUUGCUGAUGCUUGUAUGUUCUGUUUGUCCUACUGGUUUUUACAUUUGUAACUGAAGGUGACUAGGAAGGCUGAGUGAGGAUAAGUUGGCCAGAGAUGUGUUUUGGCUGUCAAGAGGAAUGUCAGGAAAUGGGGUGUUGGUUGUGGGGGAGGAGAACUUGAAAUAUAGUCCAAGUUUGCACAUUCUGGCUUUGCAAAUAUCUGGCCAAGAGGGUGGAGCUGGAGUGCAUUGGAGUGGAGCUAGAGGAGACAUUGAUUGCACAGGGUGGCAGAGCAUGGUAAGUUUCUGGAGGUCAGAAGAUACAGCUGGAUUGGAGGUUCUUUCAUACAUAUCAGUUGAAUAAGUGAGUGCUGGUCUUUUUUUAACCAGCCAGCUUGGUUCAACCUUUCAGAUGAUUUUACUGUUCUGUCAUUGUAUCUUAAAUCUGUACCAUUUUGUAUUCUGAGCCACUGUCUACCAGCUGUGUGUGGCUCUGCUCACUGUGCUGGAUUCCUUGUCUGAUGAAGUGUGCUUAGAGCACACAAAAGCUUACAUUCAGAAUAAAAAUAAGUUGGUCUUAAA